AUGUUCUUUUACUUAUUUAUUAUUUUUUUUGCUCAUUUUUGCUCCAUCCCAAAUGCAUCCACUUUGUCACUGCCUGUUCACAUUUACAGAUUGGAGACUCCGGAACCAUGGGGAGAUUCCCAAACGUACGAAAUUACCACCAAGGAUAAGUCUGGAAAUUUUAUUACGACCGUGUUUAACAAAAAUGGAGAGGCGUUGUAUUUUUACAUAAAUAAGAAGGCAUCAAAACGGAAUGGAUCAAGCAAAGGAAGGAAUUCCAAGUUGAGAAAAAGAAAAAAUCAGAAUUAA